AUGAAAAUAUUAAAUAAAAAUUAUUCUAUUCUAAAACUUAUUGAAAAAAUAGAAAAAUAUGGUCAUUUAUUGGAAGAAAAAGAUUUUAAACAAUCUGAGAUAUUUAUUAAUAUUAAUCAAAUUUCACAGGAUCAAUUUAAAUAUGGGUAUGAUCAUUAUCAUCAUUAUUUACAUACAUAUUGUCUUCGUGAUUACCACUCAUUUGACUACAAUUUUCUUGAAGCCAAAGCUGACUAUAUUCGAUUAAAUUUUUUUGAUGGUUCUUGUGUUGUAAGAAGGCAAUUUUUAAUACAACAUUUUAAUAAAUUUUCCCAACGUUUAUCUGAUCCUGAUUGCUGUAAUGUUAGAGAGAUAAUGAUUAAUAAUAUUUCAAUUUUUCAUUUUCGUUGUGCACUUAAAUACUACUAUGCAUUGAAUGUUUCAAUAAAUUUACACAAUGUUACUGAAUUGUAUCGUUUAUGUGAGGAAUUUAAAAUUGAAGGAUCUUUUAAGAAACAAGUUAUAAAUUAUAUUAUAAAAUAUUUUUCAAAGAUAACUAAAACACAAGGAUUUUUUAAAAAUCUUUAUUUUUUUGAAAAUGGAAGUUUAAGAAUACUUUUACAAAAUAAAUCUGAAAAUUGUUCUCAAGAAGAUUAUAUAGAUAUUCAUAGAAUGAUUGCUUUUAGUAAAUGGAAGUUAGUUGGUGGAUUUAAUACAACAAUAUUAAAUCCACUUCUUGUCAAUAAUUAA